AAACAAUCAGUUAACCUCAUAAUCAGUAUUGUCUGUAAUCAGUAUUUGCUAUUUAUUAAGAACAUUUAGCGAUUAUUUUGCCUUGUGAUAUUGUUUUGGAACAGUUUUAAAUUGAAUUUUAAUUUCAGUCAAGUUUGGACCUUUGUUUUGGUGCAGGUGUUCUAAAAAGACUUGUAAAUCAGUGCAGGGGCCCAGUGUUUAUGAACAAUUCAAAUACUUGAAGGCCAACAGCCAUCACACAAUAGACUGAAAUGUAUUCUAAUGUUCAAAACAAUUCCCAAAUCAACUACAUAUCAAAUAAGAGGAAAUUUGAAAAAAAUGUACUCCUCCGAAUUGGAGCCACAACUCAAGGAAAGCUCCUUUGGAUCUUCCCCAGAGAAGAAGACCAGAAGAAGUAUUUACGAUGUUAUCAGAAAAGGUGUCAAAGACAACGAGUGUCCCAUAGGAAAAUUGAGUCAGUUACAUCCAGAAUUAAUUUUCCAACAAAAAGGUAAACAUGGACAUGUGUUUGAGAUGACAGUGGUCAUUGAAGAAAACGGAAUUAAAAAACAGUUUUUGGGAAGAGGACCCACUAUAAACUCAGCAAAGAAAUAUGCAGCUCAAAAAGCUUUAUUAGAAAUUACAGAACAAAACAUAUCUUUCAAUCCAAAUGAUGAAAAUAAAGAAGUAGAUGAUAUUCUUAAAUUGUCUAGUUUACAUCCUGAAUUAACAUUUGUUGAAGUUAAACCAUUUGGAGCUUUGCAUGCUAUGAAAGUUGUAUUUAAGGAAAAUGGGUCAGAUAUUUCCUUUACUGGUAGAGGAAUAACUAAACAUCUUGCUAAGAAAAAUGCUGCCAAAAAUGCAUUACUCCAUGUAGGAGAAAAUCAAAAGAUUGAGUCAGUAUUUACUCAUAAUCAAAGUAAUCAAUGUUAUCAAGAAUCAGAGGACUGCCCUCUCAAAAGAUUACAAAUCAUUCAUCCUGAGACAACUUUUAAAGAGGAGGAACGUUUUGGGCCGUUUUAUAGCGUAGUGGCUACAAUGUCCAUAAAUGGCAAAGAAACAUCUGUAAAUGGGAAGGGAGUUUCAGUAGAUGCAGCAAAAAGAGUAGCAGCUGUGAACGCUUUGGCACUAAUCAUACCUCAAAAUUCAAAAACAAUCCAAAACCGAAUUUCUGCUCCAUUACAGGUUUUACAGAACAAAUCAACUCCUCUUCUACAAAAAAACACCAUACCACACAAGGAAUUACCUAAAUCAAAUAGUCAACCAUCAUAUUCCCAUGAAAGACAAAAAAAUACCAGUCAAAGGUCUGAAAACAUUGUUGAGAGUGAGGUAGAAAUUUUUGCGAUCCCUUUGGAUGAAAUGGAAAAUCAGCACCCUAUUCCCAUCUUAGAAAAGCUCCAUCCCGAAUUACGAUUUGAAGAUGGACCAAAAAAGGAUAACAUGUACUGUGUGGUAGCUAUUAUUUGGAAAGCUGGUAUUGAAAAACAUUUCGAAGGCUUCGGGGAAUCACGUAAGCUAGCCAAAUGGAACGCAGCGCGAAAAAUGUUAUCAGUGAUAAAAGCAACCGAAGAAAUUGAUGAACAGUAUCCAAUUUCCAAAUUGACAAAGUUACAUCCGGAAUUGACUUUCGAACUACAGCCUGGCGUGGGGCAAUCGUUUAUAGCUAAAGCUUUUAUAAAUGUUGAUGAAAAGCAAAGAGAAUACAAAGCGAUUGGUCCAACGAAGAAAAUUGCCAAAGAAAAUGCCUCUGUGGAGGCUCUAACUGAUUUGAAAUUGAGACGAGAGCAGAAUAAACGUUACCCAGAAAAGUACAAAAUAAUUACCAAACCUUUGGAAGACUCAUUAAAUACCAAUAACAACACAGAAAGCUGCUCUAUCGCUAUCCUAGAUGAGAUGUGGAAAGUACAAGAUGACCAGUCUCAAGCAGGAAACGAUUUGGAAUCGUUUAAGAAGAAAAAGAAGGUGCAGGGUCUGAUGAUAGUUAACAAAAACCCGAUAUCGAUCUUGAACGAGUUAAAGCCAGGCUUGAUAUAUAAUAUCAAAGAACAAGCUGGUCCUCCACAUGCUCCCAUUUUUAAGGUAUCGGUUAUAUUGAACGGCAAGGAGUAUGAAGGCGUCGGAAAAUCGAAAAAAUUGGCGAAAAGUAAAGCAGCAGCGAAUGCUUUAAAGUCUUUCGUUCAAUUUCCUAAAGCAGACGAAUUUAAUGGAUUCCAAGCUGAUACAAAAACCGACUUUUCUUCUGAUGUGAAAGGGAAAACAUUGAAUGAAGAAAAAAGUGCACAAGUGGCACCCUGCAAAGGAGCAACGAUGCUUAUGAAUGAGCUCUAUCCAAACGCCAAAUACAUUUUUGAGGAGAACUCAAAAGAGACUUCCAACAGAUUUAAAGCUAUUAUUCAAAUAAGUGGGGAGGAAUUUGUGGGAAUGGGUUCGAAUAAGAAAAGGGCUAAAAAUGCAGCAGCCAUGGUUGCCCUAACGAAACUGUUAGCCGAAAAACCGAAUUACUCGAAAAUGAUACAACCACUGAGGAAUUCGACGGCGUCGUUGGAACAGCAGGCGUUUGCAGAUAGAGUGGGAAGAAUGGUAAACGAAAAAUUCAGGGACUUAAUGAGGUACGACACAAUCCAUUUAAAACGUAAAGUGCUGGCCGGUAUGGUGAUGACCAGGGACGAGGCAAUGAACGACAUGAUCGUUAUUUGCGUUGCAACAGGCACGAAAUGCAUCAAUGGGGAGAAUAUCAGUGCCUCUGGCACCGCCCUGAACGAUAUGCACGCUGAAAUAGUCUCCAGGAGAUGUCUUAUCAAUUUCUUGUAUGAUCAAUUGAGAUUGCAGUUUACCAAAGGUGAAGAGCACAACUCAGUUUUUGAACCUCGUCCUGACAACACAGGGUUCAGGCUGAGGAGGCACAUAAAAUUCCAUUUGUACAUUAGUACGGCGCCCUGUGGAGAUGCGAGGAUAUUCAGUCCCAAUGAUGUCGAAAGCGUGGACAGACACUCGGCUAGGAGUUCCAGGGGACGUUUGAGAACAAAAAUUGAAUCCGGAGAGGGCACAAUUCCCAUUAAGGGAAACGAUAUACAAACGUGGGAUGGAAUUUUACAAGGCGAAAGGUUAUUAACGAUGUCAUGUUCCGACAAAAUAGCCCGUUGGAAUGUGUUGGGAUUGCAGGGAACGUUACUCUCCUGCUUUGUGGAUCCCAUUUAUUUGAGCUCUAUCGUUUUGGGGAGCCUGUUAAACGAGGGCCAUAUGCAGAGGGCGAUUUUUGGUCGUUUGGAGAACACAUUACAGGGUUUACCACCCCCGUAUCAUCUGAAUAGGCCUUACAUGUGCCCGACGGCGUCCGCAGAGACGCGAGUUGCCCAGAGGGCACCGAAUUUUUCGGUUAAUUGGGUCAUCGGCUACGACAGACCUGAAAUAAUAAACACUGUGACGGGGAAACCCGAGGUGGGCGUUUCGCGCCUGUGCAAACGCAAUUUUUCUAAACGAUUUCUGGACGUUUGUUAUCGUGUUACAAGCAUUGGAAAUGUCGACGUACCUAUACCCAAAAUCUAUGCUGAUGCCAAGUUAGCAGCCACCCCUUAUAAUCAAGCGAAAGAACAAUUGUUUAGGGCUUUCAGUAAAGCAAAUUUGGGCAGCUGGAUAAAAAAACCUUUGGAACAGGAUCAGUUUCAAAUAGAAGAUGAUAUUUUUUAAAUCUUUUAUUGAAUAGUUUGCUAAGUUUACUUUCUUCGUGUUUCGUGUUCAUAGAUCUUACAAUUAGUACAAUUUGUGUUUAUGUGAUGUACAUGGUGACACUUUAGUUAACCUUUUUAUCGAACAGUUUGAUAAGUUUAUUAUUUUUUUUUUAUUACCUGCUCAUAGAUCUUGGUACAGUCUGUGCAUAUGUGAUGCAUUUGAGUGGUGAUAUUUUAAAAACAAUUUGGAUUCCGUUUAUUAAUCUUUAUUGUCUUUCUAAUUAACAAGAAACAAAAUAAAUUGAGUCGAAUAAAAUAAAAUAAAAAAAAAAA